UGAAAAAUGUAUUGUUGCUGGGGCUGCUACUAGUAACAGUCACGGUCUGAGAAGCUGUAACUUUAUCUCUGUGAGAGCAAACAGCCGACGGCGAAGUGCAUACACACAGUACUGGGAAAACAAUGACCGUAGGAAAAAAUAUGUCCAACGUUAGUGACAUAUCCCGCGAUGAUGCAUCAUGCAGGACAGAGGAGAGGGGCAAUGAGAAAGGGGACCAGUGUGACAGAGGCAGAUGGUGGAUGGGUACUUUGAAAGAUACGCCCAUCCCUGGGAGUUACCACAUCCGGGACUUCAUUGAGGAGGCUGGCCUGAACCCGGUCCGUAGGACGUAUGGCUUUAAGGGUACGGGGAGAGACACCAAGAUGCAGAUGCGUAAGGGGGACUUGCUGCUGCCGGGAGCCUAUUGCUUCACUGACUCCACCCAGGAGGCCCUCCAAUGCCAGGCCUCCUACUCCUUUAAGAGCUGCCCCCGCCCAAAAAACUACACUCUGGGUAUCCGCGACAAGGAAAUAGACCUUUCACCAUGCCACUACAAUGUGACCCAGAAACCAGUGCCCAAGAUACCCUGCAAACACGUGAUGUUUCGUUCGGCAGUGCAGCGUGCCAGCUUUCUGCCUAGAGAGGGCCCUGCUCCUGGACAUUACAACAUGAGGACGGGCCCGACCAUAGGAGUCACGUCCUGUUUCAGAUCCACUGUGCCGCGUCUUCACAGUGUGCGGUCGAGGACUCCAGGACCGGGGACUUAUGAGCCGUCCUGGCAGAUGGGUCACCGUCUGGGGACGGAGGCCAACAUGGGCAGGGCCCACGGUCUCUUCUUCCGCAAUGUCUUCUAGAUCGUCCAACAGUGUCAUCCAGCCAUCCCUUUUUAUGACUCCCUAGUCCCCCCACUUCUACUGUCUGAUAGAAUGCACGUGACACUGGGUGAUCAUGUUGCUUAUUUUCCCCCCGAGUAAAGAAAAAACCCUGAUUUCGUUGUCAAAUGCACUUGACUACAUUUACCCACAAACGCAUCUCUUACUAUUGCCAGACACAUAGGCCCACCAUUAUCAAAAACAUUUGUUUUACCUUAGUCCAUUUUUAGAGACACUAACCAGGGAAACUAAACAAUAUUAAUCUGCAUUGCAACGCUGGUUGUCUAAGGGCUGGAUUCAAUCCGUAGAAGAUCGGCAUUAUAGCGGGAUUGAAAUUUAAAGCCAGUGUUUUCACGGAGACUGCAUUCACGUUAAACGAUGCAUAUCUCGGCUCUAUCGAACAUUUCCUAAAAACGUCCGAUCUUCGGCACUACGGAUUGAAUCCAGCCCUUUGUACUUCUGCCUACCCCAGUUUGUCUCCCCUCUCUCUCUGCUGGCAGCCUGUCUGGCAGGCUGUUGUGCCUCCACACUAUCUGCUGUGUUAUGCACUCGUGAGUGAGGGGGGAAAUGCAGUUCAGUCAUCCAUCACAUGCACAUAGCUGGCAUGCUGCACAUUCAACAUUAGCGGAGCAGCCAGUGUCACACCACGAAAGGGCUAUUCUUAUCACUACCUAUCCUUACUGUCAAUGAAAAAGACUAACACGGGGUAAUGUUGGACUCAGGUUACUCUAACAUAGACCAUAGCCUUGAUAGGAAUCAGGCCUGUGGAAGGUAGGCCAAGUAGUUGUGUUUAAAAAACAAACAUUUUAUUUUUAUUUUUUACAAUAGAUCGUCUCGGUCCUGGAUGCUCCGAUUGUCUGAAACCACGUUACAUUCUCAUCAGAUUGCUAUGUGAUAAAAAAAUUAAAUAAAAAAAAUCAGGGAGUACUUGUUCUUGACGUCUUUUGAGACAUCACUAUGUAUCUCACUCGUUCCAUUGCCCUGCAUAGAUGUCAGUUCAUAAUGUCUGCAUUCUCGCCAUAUUCCCAAAUAUAUCCAUAACGUCAUUAUCUUAGCACAUCAGUUUAAACCUUCCAACACUUCACGUCCUUGUCUUCAGCUUGCGACACAUACGAGCGGCUCAAGUGUUUCAAGUGCAGGGCUCUUAUUGACGUUGUCAUUGUGUAGGGGACUAAGGAGAACACUC